GAAUCUUGUCGGAUCUUUUUUUCAGCCGCCAGAUCCAGUGCAGUGAACACGUCUUUUAAAUUUUAAAAAUUCCUAGUAAUAUAGUCAAUAAAUAAAUAAAUAAAAUCACAAGAACUUAGAAAACCUAUAUAUAAAAUAGAAGCUCCAGCUUCAGCUCCUCCUCCUCCCUCCAUCCUUCCCAUUUCAAACCAGAGAGAAUAGCGCGGACAUCAACAGAAAUUCCCUUUACUAUUUUUCUCAUCAAAUUUUCUCUGCGUCCAAACACAUCACAUUAAUCCACUUCGAUCCAUUCCAUUCUUCUUUUCUUUUCUUUCAUCACAUUCAAAAAUAGCCACACCGCUCUUUCUUAACACAAAUUCAGAGUUAAAUCCGAUUUCUCUUCCGUAGGAUUUUCAUUUCUUUUUCUUUUUUUAUUUCCUUUUAUUUCACUGCAAUUCCGCUCCUCUUUUGCAAAUUCUACGAGGAUUUGUGGUUGUUUUCUGGAUAUGGUGGACGAUAGUGGCUGAGGAGGCGCGUCGUGUGGUUAGUUUUGAGGUUUCACAUGGAUUCGGCGAGGAGUUGGCUUCAGAAGCUUCAGCCGCGGGACAAGAUGAGGGCUUCUUCUAGGAAGAAAAAUACGUUUGAUGAAUGUAAAGAUGAGGAGAAAUCGCCAGAAGAUGAUGAAUCUCUUUCCAACACCACCAAGCAGAAAGUUGCUGCCGCUAAGCAGUAUAUUGAGAACCAUUAUAAGGAGCAAAUGAAGAAUCUCCAGGAGAGGAAGGAGCGACGAACGAUACUGGAAAAGAAGUUGGCUGACGCCGAUGUGUCGGAGGAAGAUCAGAACAACUUACUUAAGUUUUUGGAGAAGAAAGAAACUGAAUACAUGCGCCUGCAGAGGCAUAAAAUGGGUGUUGAUGACUUUGAAUUACUGACAAUGAUUGGCAAGGGUGCAUUUGGGGAGGUUAGAGUUUGUAGGGAAAAGACAACAGGUCAUGUCUAUGCCAUGAAGAAACUUAAGAAAUCAGAGAUGCUUCGUAGAGGCCAGGUUGAGCAUGUGAGAGCUGAAAGGAAUCUGCUUGCAGAGGUUGACAGCAAUUGCAUUGUAAAACUGUAUUGCUCUUUUCAAGAUGAAGAGUUUCUGUACCUCAUCAUGGAAUACCUGCCUGGUGGGGAUGUGAUGACUUUACUUAUGAGAAAAGAUACCUUGACAGAAGAUGAAGCUGGAUUUUAUGUUGCAGAAACAGUGUUAGCUAUUGAAUCUAUCCAUAAACACAAUUACAUUCACAGGGAUAUCAAGCCUGAUAACUUGCUACUUGAUAGAUAUGGACACUUGAGGCUGUCUGAUUUUGGACUGUGUAAACCAUUAGACUGUAGUACCAUCCAAGAAGGGGAUUUUUCAGUAGUUAACAACAGUGUUAAUGGGACUGGACAGAAUGAAGAAAGGCCUGAAGCUCCAAAGCGCACACAAAAGGAGCAACUACAACAUUGGCAGAAGAACAGAAGGAUGCUUGCUUAUUCCACUGUUGGUACUCCUGACUAUAUUGCUCCAGAAGUACUCCUGAAGAAAGGUUAUGGGAUGGAGUGUGAUUGGUGGUCACUUGGUGCUAUUAUGUAUGAAAUGCUUGUGGGGUAUCCACCUUUUUAUUCUGAUGAUCCUAUGUCAACCUGUAGGAAGAUAGUAAAUUGGAGAACCCAUUUAAAAUUUCCAGAAGAAGCAAAAUUAUCUCCAGAGGCAAAGGAUCUUAUUAGCAAACUCUUGUGUAAUGUCAACGAGAGAUUGGGAUCAAAUGGCGCAGUUGAAAUAAAGGCUCAUACUUUUUUUAAUGGUAUUGAAUGGGAUAAGCUUUAUACGAUGGAAGCUGCAUUUAUACCUGAGGUCAAGGAUGAGCUGGAUACUCAAAAUUUUGAAAAGUUUGAGGAGGCUGCGAACCAGACUCAAACUACUACAAAAACUGGCCCAUGGAGAAAGAUGCUCUCAUCUAAAGAUGUCAAUUUUGUGGGCUACACAUAUAAGAACUUUGAAAUUGUGAACGAUUAUCAAGUGCCUGGAAUGGCUGACUUGAAGAAGAAAAACAACAAACCAAAGAGGCCAUCAGUCAAGUCGCUCUUUGAAGCGGAGUCAGAGACAUCGAAAUCAUCCGAUGCUAGUGAACAAUCUGUUCAAGGGAGUUUUCUGAACCUCUUGCCUCCGCAGCUAGAAGUAUCUGAAAAGCAGAGGGAUUCCCUCUAACCCUGCCAAUGUACUGUCGGAUGAGGAGCUCCAUCACGUUAACCAACUGCAAUUUGACCUCCAAUUAUUAGACUUCAUUCUAAUGUUUCUCUCAACAUUUGGGUACGUUGCUUUACUGACAGUUGCGUAAAGUCAAUCUCAAAGGCUUUAAGGAAGUUCUGGGUUUGGGAGCAACUAUUUAGCUUUCACCCAGCUUGAGGAAUAGUUUAUAGAGAUUGCAACAAGAAAGGAUAAAAGAGUAGGCAAGAUACUAAUUAAUUCACUGUUGGAAUGUAAUUUAUUUAUUUUUACCGUUGGCUAAAAAAUGUUGUACAAAAUACACUCCUUUUAACUAAUCAUUUAUUUGAUUAUAUUUACAUA